UGUGCUUGCUGCACAGAGGCGGAUCUGCGGCUCGAUGACGCAACACGUCCGGGAUAGGGACCGCCGUGCCCCGCCCCGCGCGCAAAGUCCUGUGGCGGCGGCCGCGUUGAGGGACCCGGCUCAGUUGUUCACCAUGAUCAUUGGGCCCAUGAGGACACAGUGGCACAGUGAGAAAGUUUUUCCUUUGAGUUGGAGACCCUGGGAGGAGGAUGGGCAAAGUGUGACCUUUGAAGACGUGGCUGUGAAUUUUUCCUGGGAGGAAUGGAGUCUUCUUAAUGAGGGUCAGAGAUGCCUAUAUCGUGACGUGAUGCUGGAGAACUUGACACUUAUAACCUCCCUGGGUUGUUGGCAUGGAGGGGAAGAUGAGGCAGCACCUUCUAAGCAGAGCAGUUGUAUACACGUAUACAAAGACGAAAGAAUUCACACUGGAGAAAGAUGUUAUGAGUGUAGUAAAUGUGGGAAAUUCUUUGCUCAAACCUCUAGUCUCAGUAAACACAGGAGUGUUCACACUGGAAAAAGGCCUUACGAAUGCGGUGAAUGUGGGAAAUUAUUUCGCCAAAAUGCUGCACUCCGUGUUCAUCAGAGAUUUCAUACUGGACAAAAGCCUUAUGAGUGCAGUGAAUGUGGAAAAUCAUUCCAUCGAAGUUAUUCACUCUUGCAACAUCGGAGAAUUCACACUAGAGAAAGGCCUUAUAAGUGUAGUGAAUGUGGGAAAUCCUUUAGCCUAAGAUCCAACCUCAUUCACCAUCAGCGAGUUCACACUGGAGAAAAACCAUAUGAGUGUGGGCAGUGUGGGAAAUUUUUUAGCAAAAGAUCUAUCCUCAUUACACAUCAGAGAGUUCACACUGGAAAAAGGCCCUAUGAGUGUAGCGAAUGCGGGAAAUCUUUUGCUUAUUCUUCUAGUCUCAUUAAACACAGGAGGGUGCAUACUGGAGAAAGGCCUUAUGAGUGCAGUGAAUGUGGGAAAUUAUUUCGCCAAAACUCUGCACUCCGAGUUCAUCAGAGAUGUCAUACUGGACAAAAGCCUUAUGAGUGCAAUGAAUGUGGAAGAUCAUUUCACCGAAGCUCUUCACUUUUGCAACAUCGGACAGUUCACACUAGAGAAAGGCCUUAUGAGUGUAGUGAAUGUGGGAAAUCCUUUGCUCAAACUUCUAGUCUCGUUAAACACAGAAGAGUUCACACUGGAGAAAGGCCUUAUGAGUGCAAUGAAUGUGGCAAAACCUUUGCUGAAAACUCCAGUCUCAUUAAUCACAGGAAAGUUCACACUGGAGCAAAGCCUUAUGAAUGCAGUGAAUGUGGCAAGUUCUUUGCUUAUAUCUCUAGUCUCAUUAAACAUAGGAGAGUUCACACUGGAGAAAAACCUUAUGAGUGCAGUGAAUGUGGGAAAUCCUUUGCUGAAAACUCCAGUCUCAUUAAGCACAUGAGAGUUCACACUGGAGAAAGACCUUAUGAAUGCAGUGAGUGUGGAAAAUCAUUUCGCCACAGCUCUUCACUACUUCGACAUCAGAGAGUUCACACUGGAGAAAAGCCUUAUAAAUGAAGUAAAUUUGGGAAAUUCUUCACCCAGAACUCUAGCUUUAUUAUACACUGAGGAAGUACCUUUCAAGGGCAGUGAAUAGGAGGAAAGCCUUCAGCCUUUUUUCAUUGGGUAUCAGAACAUUCAAGUGAGAGAUACAGUAUACAAGGCAUGGUAUUUCUUGUUCAGUAUAAUCCUGGAGGAGGUGUCUUAUGAGGGAGCUAUCUGCUGAAAUUGAAUGUCAUACAUUGAACAUCUGCAUGAAUUCCAGGUAGGUGGGAUCUGCAUUGCAUUUUUCACCCUGCCAGGUCCCUUGUCAGAGUUGUGUGAGUGCCAGUUCUCCGGCAAAAUCCAUUUUGCUUCUACCACUUAGCAGGUUGGCAGGUGCCACAGUGCAUAUUUCAACCACUUCAUCAGAUUCCAGACAGAACUUCAGUCUUCCAUUCACUUCAACAGAAAAAUCUGUGAAUAGCCUCAGCACUCAUUCCUUUCUUUCUGAGGAGUUAGGCCAUGGACCUGACCCAAAAGACUCUUCUGGUUUCUUGAAAAGAUGGGACUACUUUUGGGGGGAUCUUAUGGAUCUUGCAGGAUGAUGAUGGUGAUGAUUACAUUAUUUGUAGGGGCAGAGUCUUACUAUGUUGCUUGGACUAGUCUCAAACUCCUGACCUCAAGCUCACAGGAUACUUGCGAUGAAAUUUUCUCAACUCUCAGUCACAAACUUGAGGCUACCUGCCUUGCAUUGCUCUGGUUUGUGAUACAAUGAAGGCCUGCUGUACUGUUAAGACACCUUCAAUCUCUGGAGUUGUCUUCACACAUUGUCUUCACUGUGUGGGGUGAAUUGAAAACAACUAGAUUUGUUACAGUGAAGGUGUGAACAGCUAUUGUAUUCUUGUGAUCACUAAACUUUGUGUGCUUCACAGGUGACAGUAGGAUGUCAAUAUAUCAUUUGCUCCAGUUUUGGCCUACUUGCACUGCUUCCCAAAAUCUCCAAAGAAAUACUGCAGGGCUUUUUGAUCCUUAUUUUAGCCUUGAUUUUACAAUAAUUUGUAGACUCAUAGGUCAACUUGAAAAGGGGGGCGAUUUUUGUCACAACCUCUGGUGGUUCUGAGAGCAACAUGAAAUUCUUCUUUUGUUCACAAGAGAUAUUCUCUGUUUAAUUACUGGUGAGGUAGCUUCACAGGUUAUAGAUGGAAUUGUAAUUUUUCUAGAAACACUGCAUUUAUAAGCAAUGGGUGAGACUGCCUGAAGGGAUUUGAAUUUGCCUCUGUUAAUAGGGCACCCAUAAGUGAUGCAGUCGUGGUUCUGAAGGAUGAGUACAUAUAGAAAUUCUCAGAACUGGGGUGGUGCCUGUGGCUCAGUCGGUAAGGCGCCAGCCCCAUAUACCGAGGGUGGCAGGUUCAAACCCAGCCCUGGCCAAAUUGAAACCAAAAAAUAGUCAGGUGUUGUGGCAGGCGCCUGUAGUCCCAGCUACUCAGGAGGCUGAGGCAAGAGAAUUGCUUAAGCCUAGGAGUUGGAGGUUGCUGUGAGCUGUGUGAGGCCACGGCACUCCACCGAGGGCCAUAAAGAGAGACUCUGUCUCUACAAAAAAAAAGAAAGAAAUUCUCAGAACUGUAUCAAAUCAUCAGGCAUGGAGAAAUAUCUUUUAGAAGUGUUAAAAUAAAUGUUCCUACUGUAUAUUUAAAAAAAAAGAAAAAGAAAAAUUCUCAGAACUGCCUGAAUUUUUCAUAUUGUGUAUCUGGGUCAGUGUCAGAGAAAAUAAUCCAAAGAUUUUGUCAAUUCUUGUACAAAGGCUAUCUCCAUAGGAUUUUGGGGCUGUUGACUUCAAGGCCAUUCCUGCAUUGGCAAGAACGAGAGGAGAAAGGAGCUCUCUUAGACCAGCAUGUGGCCUUCGUGGGCAGCCAGCAUUCUUUUUUGAAUCGUCUGGAAUUGGUCUUCAUUGCUAAUCAUAUUUUUGUUACCACCGAGGCUAGCUGUGUCACUUAGGUCAUGAGGGAGAGAAGGAAUAAAGCAAUAUUGAGUUAAUAAUUUUGCAAAAGUCAUAGCAAGUAUUACAUAUAGGUUUUUAUUUUGAAACACAUUUUUAAAGCUUUGAUAUAAGAUACAAAGGACUUUCAACCAAUUGCCUGUAUUUAAACAGAACAAUGUGGUAAGUUUUGACAUUUAUAUAGACCCAUGAAACUGAUCACAAUCAUGAUAAUGAAUUUAUUCAUCACUUCAUGUUUACCUGGAACAUUUUAAUAAUGUCUCCCUCUGCCUUCCAGACAACCAUUGGUAUAUUUUGCUUCGUGGUAGAUUAUUUUACAUUUUUUAGACUUCCAUAUCAUUGAUACAAUAAAGUGUUUAGUCUUUUUAGCUCUGGAUACUCUCCUGUAGCAUAUUUAUUUUGAGAUUUAUCACUGAUAAUAUGAGUAGUUCAUUCUUUACAUUGUGAGAAGUAUACUUGUUUUGAAAUACAAUAACUUGUUUGUAUCUUCAUUUAUCCUCGUUUAUGCAUUCUUAAGUUGUUUCUCGUUUUUGGCUAUUAUAAACGAAACUAUAGACAUUUAAAUAUAAUUCUUCAUAUAGAUAUGUUUCAUUUCUUUUGUGUUAAUAUCUUGGGGUUCAAUGAUUGAGUCAUAGGAUAGGUGAAUGUAUAGCUUUUUAAAUAACAAUAAAAUAUCCCUAAAAUUAAUACAGUGAUUCCCUUUUGUAUUACUGUCACCUGUCUCCAAGAGUUCCACUUCUAUUUUUACCUAUGAAGAAUAAAGAUAGUCUUAAAUUUU